UGAAGCAACAUUCAUAAUGGCUAGACCCCAACAACGCUAUCGAGGUGUCCGCCAGAGGCACUGGGGCUCUUGGGUUUCUGAAAUUCGCCACCCUCUUUUGAAGACAAGAAUAUGGCUAGGAACGUUUGAAACGGCAGAAGAUGCAGCAAAAGCGUACGAUGAAGCAGCGCGACUCAUGUGUGGUCCAAAAACACGUACAAAUUUCCCAUACAAUCCCAAUGAGUCACAGUCAUCUUCAUCGAAGCUCCUCUCUGCAACUUUGACUGCCAAGCUACACAAGUGUCACAUGGCUUCACUUUCCCUUCAAAUGACCAAGCAGAAAUCACCACAGGAAGUUCCUCAAGGGGCACAUGGAUCCAACCCAUUUGCCUCAGGCAAUGCCAUUGCUGAAACAAGCUCAAACACGGGCUUUAGAUGGCCAGAGGAGAGACACGACGAACUGCAGUGGCUAGAAGAGAGUUGGGUUGGCGAGGAAGGCCAAUUAGUUGAAGUCACAGAACAACAAUUUCAGCCAGUUCUUGAAGAUGAUCAUAUAGAACAGAUGAUUCAGGAACUGCUUGAUUAUGGGUCAAUUGAGCUUUGUUCUGUUGCCUCAGAUUAAGUCCCUAAAAUGUAGCACUCUCCAUUGGCCA